CAAGUCGUGUUGUCAUCAGUCUGUUGUGUCAAUGUCACCACUUUUAUAACCUAAAACGAAGACGAAACUAAAAUAAAUUUGCCACAAAAAUGGAACUGAACGAAAGAAUUUUGCUUGUGCUAGACAAAAAUGAGAGGGUGGACACUUUAAAACUAGCUUUAGAGUUCAAUGAGGACCAUCAGAAAGUAGUGGGUGCUGUGAAAAGCCUCGAAGCGCUGGAGAUGGUGACUUCGGAGGCGGUGAAGAGUACCCGAUGGGAGUUGACCGAGGAGGGCCAGCUGGUGGCCGACAAAGGGAGCCAUGAAGCUGUUCUUUACCGCAGUGUACCGGAUGCGGGGAUACCACAAGCAGAACUUAUGAAAACAGUUCCUAAUGCAAAAGUAGGCUUCAGCAAAGCCAUGUCAUCGGGAUGGAUAUUAAUAGAUAAGUCCGGGGGAGCACCUCUUGUAAAAAAGAAAGUGGAUAGCAUCACAGACACAGUGCAGGAUCACCUGAACGAAAUAAAGAAAGGCAUAGACAACCUAGCUGAUAACAUUAGGAAUGACUACAAAAAGAGAAAACUCCUACAAGAAGUUACCAUCAAAAGCUUCCUUCUAUCCAAGGGACCACAGUUCGCAACCACAAUAAAGAAGCUGGAGACUGAUUUAACUAGUGAAAUGCUGUUGACAGGGUCGUGGAAGAAUUUGGAUUUCAAACCAUAUAAUUUUGAUGCUUUAGGUCAGCCCCCAGAAUGUGGGCACUUGCACCCCCUACUCAAAGUGCGGUCAGAGUUCCGUGAGAUAUUCCUCGAAAUGGGUUUCACUGAGAUGCCGACCAACAUGUAUGUGGAGAGUUCUUUCUGGAACUUCGACGCUCUGUUCCAACCGCAGCAGCAUCCUGCGAGAGACGCUCAUGACACCUUCUUCAUAUCGAACCCUGCGGUCACUACGAAGUUCCCCAUGGACUAUUUAGAAAGGGUUAAACAGGUCCACAGCAAGGGAGGAUAUGGAUCACAGGGCUACCGGUACGACUGGAAGCUGGAAGAGGCGCAGAAGAACCUUCUCCGCACUCACACGACCGCGGUCAGCGCGCGUAUGCUGUACCACCUCGCGCAGCAGAAGGACUUCACGCCGCAGAAGUACUUCAGCAUCGAUAAGGUGUUCCGCAACGAGACCCUGGACGCGACGCACUUGGCCGAGUUCCACCAGGUGGAGGGCGUGGUGGCGGCGCGCGGGCUGUCGCUGGCCGACCUCAUCGGCACCCUCGACGCCUUCUUCAGGCGCCUCGGCUUCCACAAACUGCAGUUCAAGCCUGCUUAUAACCCUUAUACGGAGCCGAGCAUGGAGAUCUUUGCGUACCAUACGGGUCUCGGCAAAUGGAUCGAGAUCGGCAACUCGGGCGUGUUCCGUCCAGAGAUGCUGCUACCAAUGGGGCUGCCCGAAGACGUGCGUGUCAUAGCCUGGGGGCUGUCUCUGGAGCGCCCCACCAUGAUCAAGUACGGGCUCAACAACAUAAGGGACCUGGUGGGCCCGCGCGUCGAUCUCCAGAUGGUGCAGACUAAUCCCAUCUGUAGGCUAGAUAAAUAAGAUAUUUAUUUGAAUAAAGCGUUAAUCUGA